AUGCGAAAAUCUAUUUCUUCCCCACAGCUUCCAGCCUUCUCAUGGGACAAGGGUACACUCACCACUGCCAUAUCUGAUCCUGCUUACCUAGUAAAAGUUCUCUCCUUCAUUUCACUCCUGAUGUCUCUACUCAUCCUGGUCUGGAAAGUAACCUAAGACAAGGGCAACAAGAACAGAGAACCCGACCAAAGAAAGGAGGCAGCACCGCUGGCAUGA